CAUUUAUGAAUAUCUUUGUAGAACUAAGUCGGCUCUUUUCUGUAUAGCAUACAUAUUCAUUGGCAAAAUUAUUUAUUUUUCUAACAUAAUAUGGGAAGAAAUGUAUGUUUAUUAUUCUUUUGCUUAACCAACUUUGGCGGUUCCAAAUUUAUGUGCAUCCUGUGUAAUAUGUGAAAGGAUAAAACUAAAAGAUGCAUCCAAUAUCACUUAUAUUUCGUGUUAACAAUGGAGAGGAUCCAUCUUCCUAUAGCGGUUCAGAGACCGGUGGUAUAAUAUUGAAGGCUACCUCCGAAAGCUUAUCGCCGAAAAUGGUUGUGGAUUUUGUCGCCGGGCUGAUCGGAGGUGCUGCUGGGGUGCUCGUUGGCCACCCCUUCGACACCGUGAAAGUCCACUUGCAAACCGAUGAUCCCCGCAACCCCAAGUACAAAGGCACAUUCCACUGCUUCCGCACGAUACUGCAGAGAGACAGCUUCAGAGGAUUGUACCGAGGCAUCAGCAGCCCCAUGGGUGGAAUUGGACUGGUGAACGCCAUCGUUUUUGGGGUGUACGGUAAUGUCCAACGGUGGUCCGAUGACCCCAAUUCGCUGACGUCUCACUGUUACGCCGGCUCCAUCGCCGGUGUGGCCCAAGGGUUCGUCUGUGCGCCCAUGGAGCUGGCCAAAACGAGGCUCCAGUUGUCGUCCCAGAUUGACAGCGGAGUGAAAUUUACCGGACCCAUCCACUGCCUCAAACACAUUCUGAAAACCGAGGGCAUUAGAGGCACUUUCAAGGGCCUAACUGCCACCAUACUGAGAGAUGUUCCAGGCUUCGCCAGCUACUUUGUGUCCUACGAGUAUCUCAUGCGCCAAGUGGAGACUGCGAGCAUUCCGUACACUCUAAUGGCCGGAGGAUGUGCGGGGAUGUGUUCUUGGCUGGCCUGCUACCCCAUCGACGUGGUCAAAACGCACAUGCAAGCAGACGCCCUGGGGACGAAUGCCAAAUACAAUGGAUUCGUCGACUGUGCAAUAAAAGGCUUUAAAAACGAGGGCCCGCAUUUCUUUUUCCGCGGGCUAAACUCGACUUUGAUCCGAGCUUUUCCCAUGAACGCCGCCUGCUUCUUUGUGGUGUCCUGGAUACUGGACUUCUUCAAUGCCAAGCCGGGCAUGGAUUCCGUAAUGCACUCCGACCAGCCACUGACCCUUGUGAACCUGGAUAAUAGGAGCCAAGCGGAUCUGGAGACGACGACGCCCACAGUGGAGGAAGUUGUGCGGAAAAUCAUAACAGAAAAUGCCAUGUCUCAUCAGUAUGUGUCCAAGCCGCAGGACGUCGUUCACAACCAAUACACAAGUAGCACCAUCAACCUUUCCAAAGAACCCAAAUCCCGCUUAGCAUCCGACUGUAAUUUAAAAUAAAUUAAAUUUGUUAGUACCUGUUUAA